GCAAUUUUUUUGUAAAAUUAUUAAAUUUUUUUCGAUUCUUCGAUGAUUCUUCAUGCGACGCAUAUUGAAGAAAUAAAGAAUAUUUAUUUUUUAACAUCAAGAAUAAACCGUCUUAAUCACCUCAGUUAAGGUAAGGGCGUAAGUUCACCCAAAGGAGCUCUUGAAAAGUGAUUUAUUUAUUAUGUUAUUAUAUAUUCCUCCGUAUCACAGCCAUGUUGAAGUAGUGUUGAUUUUUCUAAGUUUUCGUCAAUAUAAUAGUUUAUAAUACAGUUAAAGUUCACAAGUAUCUGUGACAGACCUAAGUUUAGUUUGUGUUGUGAUUAUAAAAGUUGAAAAGUCAUUACAAAAUGGGAAGUGUUGUAAAGUGCCACCAAUUCUGGCUUCGAGGCGUCGUCACCAAGAUAUGGACUCUGAAGAUUCUCGAGAUGCUUCUGGUGAUGGACAUUCUUCAUCAAGUAGUAGCUCCAGUUCUAGGAGCCGAAGAAGUUCCUCUUCAGAGAGUUCAAAGAAAGGACCAAAAUCUCCGCAGUCACCUAGAUCCAACGGCCACGGCCCUAGAUCACCUUCACCAGAAAGUCAUUCCCAGUCCAGUCAUAGAUCAGGCAAAAAGCCCCAAUCUCCGGAUAACAUGAGCGGAGCUCAUUCAGAUAUUAACUCACCUGAGAACUCAUUACCGGGUUCCCCACUUGGGCCAAAGUCACCUGAUGCACCAAAAUCGCCAAAUGAAGCUGUCUUCAAUGCUCGCUCUCCGGAGCCUCCAUCGUCCCCACCUCCUCACAGUGGGCCCCGGACACCACAAUCACCCAGCAGUUCUAUCAAGUCCCCUGUGUCCAGGUCUCAGCCUGUCUCGCCAGAUUCAGGUUCACAGAUUGCAUCACCUCCCCGUGAUGCCGAGCCAAGGUCACAAACUUCCAGCCCUUCCCCCGAUCGGGGAUCAUCUCAGUCCUCCCCCCGUAGGUCCCCAGUCAAAAAGAAUGACUGGAGUCCCAAAGAGAAGUGGAGAAGGCACACUAAAGCUGAACAAAAAAUGGUGGCCACGUCACGAGCUAGGAGUCGAUCGGAAUCUAGCCAGUCUAGCAGAAGCUCAUCAUACAAUAAGAGGAGUACUAAAGAUCCAGUCACAGAAGAAAUAUCAGAUGGGGAAAUGGAGUCUGAUCAAGAAGAUCACAAAUCUAGAAGUAAGUCAGUAGCAAGUGACAAAAAGCAGGAAAAAGACAAUAACAUUAGUCAUGAAGAUCUAUCUGAUGUCUCAGACUUAGACUCAGAAAAUGGGGACAUGGAAAAAAAGACAAAGUCUAAACCUAAGUCACCUCCAUUGAACCAUGAAAGUGUGAAUGGCAAUGUUGACUCCAACCCAAGGACAUCUCCAAAAAGUGAUACCAGGACAGAAAACUCAAAACUCGAGAAAUUGCCACAAGAAAAGACAAGUAACACAGAGGAUGGCGAGGAACAGUUAGAUUUUGAAGCAGAAGAAGGGGAAUGCAUAGAAACCAAACAAAAAGACCACUCCAAUGGAGAAAUUGACACACAAGCGGGAGAAAAUGAGGAGACAAAACCAGGACGGAGAUCUAGAGGUUCAUCGUUAGAGGAGGGCGAGGUAUCGGAUGAGGCAGAACGGAGGCCAGAGGAAAGCGAGCCCCGACCCGUCUGCAGAUUCUUCUCAAGGGGAGCGUGUACCUGGGGAAUCAGUUGCAGGUUCCUUCACCCGGGCGUGACGGACAAGGGCAACUAUAACAUGUUUGACGUCGUCCGCGGCAUGCCCGCCAGCGGCGCGUACGUGCGCGACACCGCCCCGCCAGAGUCCGCCUGGGAGCGGGGACUGAGGACCGCUAAGGAGAUGCUUCGCAUAGCGAACAAGCGUAAGGAACAAGAUAUGGACUUUGAGGAGAAGAAACUUCAUCUGUCACUCGGCGGCGCCGCUCACGACCCCGACGCGGAGCUGGCCUAUGCUGCCGCCGCUGUUGGCGCUUCGCCCCCCGCCAUUGAGCCAGCAGCCAGAGAUCCGGAGGUCUUCAGUAGGCCGUACGGCGGAGUGAUGUACCGCGGUCGCUUCCCGCGGCCGGCGGACGAGCGCGAGCGGUACUACGAGCGCGAGCGCGGCUACGAGCGCGGCUUCGAGCGCCCCUACUACGACGACCACGGGCCCCCGGACGACGUCACCUACCACAAGCGUCGAGUGCGAUCGUCCCGCGAAGUUAUCGUCCAACGCGCCGAAGUGGAGCGGCGCGAGGGACGCGAGGGGCGGGAGCGGGAGCGCGGGGGGCGGGGCGACGAGUGGGCGGACCCGUGGAUGCGCACCGAGCCGCGCCGCCGCCGCCCGCCGUCGUCAGACGACAGCUACUCGUCGUCCAGCUCUUUAAAUUCCAGCUCGCGUAGUUCCGGAUCUCCGGGUGGUCGGCGCAAGAGGAGGGGUUCGCCAGCUUCUAAACAAAGGUUGUCUCCGUCCGUGAUCGUCCGCGAGCGGCGGUUGGCGACCGCGCGCGCGACCGCCAUGAACCCUCCCGCGCCGCGCCGCCGCGCCCCAUCGCCAGCCGCCCGCCAGCUAGCGGUCAACCCCUCCCCGCCCGUCUCCGCCGCCGCCUACAGACACAAGGAGGAAAUGGAUCCUUACGGUCGUAGCAAAGCUUCAAGUAGAAAUAGGAACCGAAAGAAAUACUCGAGGUCUUCGUCAUCGGGAUCAGAGUCGUCGUCAUCGUCCAGCGAGUCGGAGAGCGAGUCGCGAUCAUCAUCAUCUUCGGGCAGCUCGGGUGCCCGCCGCGCUCGACAGGCGCGCCUGUUGAACGCCGCAGCGAGACCUAAUAGAUUGAAUUCUAAAUCGACGCUAGGGGCACCCACUGGGGUGAUGAGUAAAAAGGAAUCGUCCAUGGAAAAAGAAGCAGCGUCACGAAAGCGAACCGCGACAUCGCCGGUGGGCGGAGCCGCCGCAAAGAAAUCAGUCUCGAGGAGGGAGGAGUUACUCAAACAAUUGAAGGCCGUUGAAGACGCCAUUGCGAGGAAGCGGUCCAAAAUAUAACGUAGUAGAUCUAUAACAUAAAGAAAUUAAAUCUACCUACGAUCUAGUGAAAAAGCUGCAAGCCUCAAAUUGCAGGGUAGAUGUGUAUUUUCAACAUUCUCGAUAUUAUGUAUAAGGAAUAAGGAUACAUAGUUUAGUUAGUAUUACAAUGUCUAUACAGGGUUUUAGUCAAUUUGCGUUCGGUAGUUUGGAGUGUGAAGAAAGUAUUCAAACAAUGAGAUGUGACAUAAUGCAUCGCUAAAAUAAUCUCUUUAUUUUUAGACCUAAAGUCCAUAUUCUUGGUGGUUAUGUCCAUAGUAAAAGGAGGGGAAGUAAGUUAUCUCUAUACAAAGGCACGGCGCGCAGCUUGUAUGUGUGCGCCAUAGUAUCAAUGCGUCGCCACGUACGGCACACA